AUGGUUAUUCAAAUUGGCAUUAACGGUUUUGGAAGAAUAGGACGACUUGUUCUUCGCGCUUGUGUAAAAAAUCCGAAUGUCCGAGUUGUUGCUUUGAAUGAUCCAUUCAUGAGUAUUGAACAUAUACUUUACUUGUUUAAAUAUGAUACUAUCCAUGGACGAUAUAAAGGUCAAGUCGAAAUAAAAGAUGGAAAAUUACUUGUAAGCAAUUACGAAAUUUUUGUUUUUGCUGAAAAGAAUCCCCAGGAUAUCAAGUGGGGAAAAGUAGGUGCCGACUACAUAGUUGAAUCCUCUGGUAUUUUCAAAACUAUGGAAAAAGCAUCGCUUCAUUUGCAAGGGGUAUGCGAAAAUUCCAAUUCAACUCUUGGUGCAAAAAAGGUCAUAAUUAGUGCACCGGGUGACGAUGUGCCAAUGUUUGUUUACGGUGUAAAUUUGGAAACUUAUAAGCCUGAAUACAAGAUUAUUUCCAACGCUUCUUGUACUACAAAUUGUUUGGCACCGAUCGCCAAAGUCCUUAACGAUAAUUUUGGUAUUAUCGAAGGAUUGAUGACAACUAUCCAUCCAAUUACAGCAACUCAAAAAACUGUUGAUGGCCCUUCUGACAAAGAUUGGAGAAGAGGCAGAGGAGCUGCACAGAAUCUUAUCCCUACUUCCACGGGAGCUGCAAAAGCCGUUGGCAAAAUAAUUCCAUCGUUGGACGCCAAGUUGACUGGUCUAGCCUUCCGUGUCCCCACUCUAAAUGUUGGCGCAGUUGAUUUAACUGUUCGUCUGGAAAAAGAAACUACUUAUGAAGAUAUUAAAAAGGUUAUGAAAUAUGCUUCCGAAAACGAAUUAAAAGGAAUUCUCGGAUAUACUGAGGAUGAAGUUGUUUCCUCGGAUUUUAUUGGUGAAACUCGCUCAAGUGUAUUUGAUGCUAAGGCUGGCAUUCAACUGAAUCCUACGUUUUUUAAAGUUAUUGCGUGGUAUGAUAAUGAAUUGGCUUACUCAACAAGAAUUGUUGAUUUAAUUGAAUAUGUUGAAAAAGUUGAUUCGUCGACUUAA